CCACCGAAGAGGAAGGCGCAGAAGAAGAAGAAGAAGAAGAAGACGGAGCUGAAGCACCACAGAAGAAGAGGAGCGGCAGCAGGAAGUGUUGUUAACCUGUUAGCUGCAGAUGCCGCUGAUAUGAGGCUCUAAACGGAACCGUGAGCCGUGCUGACCUGUGUGGGCGUUGCCAGGGCGAUGGCUCUGAUCGAAGGCGUGGGAGACGAGGUGACGCUGCUGUUCGGCUCCCUGCUGCUGCUGACGGUGCUGCUGCUCGCCUGGAUCUCCACCCGCACCUCCGACCCCCCAGAACACCUGUUCACCUCCUCCACAGGCCCCGCCUCCUCACCGAGGACAGGACACGCCCAGCAGGACACGCCCCCCUCCUCCACCAGCGCCGCCUCCUUAUCGUCCUCCUCUCCGUCUUCGGCCUCCAGCUCCGUGAGCGACGGCGCCGCGACGGAGGCCCCGCCCACCGCACAGGAGGAGAGGGCGGAGCCUCUAUCUGCCAGGAACAUGGUGGUCCGCCUGAAGUUCCUGAAUGACACGGAGAGAACGGCUCAGGUGAAACCACAGGACACCAUUGGCUACAUCAAACGGACCUACUUUGCGGGUCAGGAGCAGCAGGUCCGACUCAUCUAUCAGGGUCAGCUGCUGCAGGACGACGCUCAGACUCUGGCGUCACUGAACCUCGUCCAUAACUGCGUCCUGCACUGUCACAUCUCGCAGCACGCCGGGCGGGGGGCGGCGGGUGGGCCACGGCCUGCCGACCAGGUGCAGGUGGCGCUGAACGUGGGCAGCCUGAUGGUGCCGCUGCUGGUGCUCAUGCUUUCGGUUUUGUGGUACUGUCAGAUCCAGUACCGGCAGUUCUUCACCGCCCCGGCCACCGCCUCGCUGGUCGGAGUCACCAUCUUCCUCAGCCUGGUGGCCUUUGGGGUCUACCGCCGCUAGCUGCUCUCUGAUUGGCUGCUGACCUCUGGCUCGCGGGAGGAAAGGGACGCUGGUGAUAGUUAAUGUUUGUUUCUGUUGCCAUGGAGAUGGGGAGUGUACACAAGGACUUUAAUUUUUAUUAUUUUUAGAUCAAGUUUAGGUUUCUCAUUAUCAUCAUCGUGCCUCUCUGACCUUCAGAAUCGUCUGUCUGUCUGUCUGUCUGUCUGUCUGUCUGUGUGUCUGUCUGUCUGUCUGUCUGUCUGUCUGUCUGUCUGUAUGAAGGGGAGGAAAAUUCAUGUGAGUUUCAGCUUUUGAGAAAAGAGAAAAUCUAUUAAAUGAUGAACUGAU